AUGGUGAUACCCUCUCUGCUACGUCGAGCUUCCACUCUUGCUAGAACCCGAACCAAAGCCAAGUCUGCCUCUCCAUCUCCGUCAGCUGCGCGACUACGCUCCUCUCGCAACGAGAUAACAAGUCCUAAAUUAUGUGACGCCAUUCUUGACCGUCUUCGCCCUUCCCUUCCUGCACCGGGCACCUGUGAUCUGAUCGACGUGCUCCCCGGCAAUGCUGUCUGGUCUCAAAAGCUGCAUGCCAUCUUGAAACCUCGUCGCCAUAUCCUAGUCGAGCCCGAUUUAACCCCCUUCUCAGCCACCCUCACUCCCUUGCUCGAAGCCUCCGGUUCCAAAUACCGACAUGCUACACUCCUCGAGGAUGUCCUUGACCCUGAGAAGGGUUUCUUGUCCGAGUACCCUCAACUCCAUCAAUCCUCCCCGAACCGUACUCAACUGAACCCGAACUUACUGUUGACCGUCAACCUGUCUGGUCCUCUUACCUCCCGCUCAGGCUUUGUUGGUUCCAUGAGCAAAGUCUUCAUCAACAAUCUUUGGCAUGCAAUAUGGGGUCAACGCGGCGAUCUCUAUCGGAAUGGCAUGUUCAGAACCCUUGCCUGGAUCCCUUCCCAGGAAAAAGGUCCCCUGCUUCCACAUUCUGUAGCUAUCCGCCGCAAGCAGAGCAUCACCUUGGAAGCCAGUGCUACCGUACAUGAGCUAGCUGCUCCUUCCAAACUCGAUCGCCAACGCAUCGGUCAGGGUGAACCAUGGGCUGAUCUUGCAAGAGAAGGUUAUCUACGUGUCCAAUCGGCUUCCAAAGCUGAAGGCAUUUCAAUCCCCAGAUCUCGCAAGCAGCCGCUUCCGCCUCCGCCACUUCUAACUUUGAAACCCGGAGCUGCAACUCUCAGGGAUGCUGCUUUUACUUCAGACGCCAAAUGGGUGCCCCAAUUGAUAGAACUGGAUAAUUAUCUCAAGGAGCAUGACACUGAAUGGUACACUGCUGCUUUGAAAAUGGAUGCUGAAGCCACUGCCCCUCGAGUGAAGCCACUUGAGGCCAAUUCCAAGCGUAAAGCAUGGCGCCUCCUCAUGUCGCGCAUUCGAACCGAGCACAACACUCGCACAAAGGCCAUCGAUCUAGUCAAUCAGCAGCGCCUUCUAGAGCGGCAAUGGAAGGACGCCAUAUUGGCAUCACCCUCUGGACUUCUCAAGACUUCCGCCGAGGAGCGCCUACGAAGAGAGGCUGAUUCUUUGGGCGCAAAAUUGAAGAAACUGGCCCGGAAUAAUAGGGUCUUUGCAGAAAAGGCAAUUGACGACUUCCGAGCAUAUGACCACAAACCCCGAGUCCUCCUGUGGAAUCAUCGAAUAGCAGAGCCGUUGUUGGUUCACAAAGACGAGUUCUCGUCUCCUCACCAUCAGAUGGCUUUCUUUGACAUCCUUCCAAAGGCUGAUUUGACCUACCAACUUGACACCGAAGACAAAGUCAUUUGUUUCGGCCAUUUGAUGAGUCUGAUCUCCUUUUAUUCAAGCAAAAGUGUCCAUGAGGUCUGUUCUAUGAUCAUUCCUGCUGGCGUGGACGACUUCAUCAAAACGAUCAAGGGCAUUCAAGACCCAACCAAAGGUGGUUGGUAUGAUCCAAAUAUGCUGAGAAUAAGGUCUCUCCCUGUAGAUUUGAUUGUCGAGAUUGCCCUUGCCUUUGAGAGGUGGCCUUUUCGACCAACAACUCAAAGCCUACUGGCGGUCAAAUCUGAUUUUGACUCGACCUAUAAAGAGCCUGCCAAUGCUUGA